AUGGCAUUCAACGGCUGCCCGAGGCCGUUUUUGAACGCGGCCGAUUUCAUGAAUACCACUGGCUUAAUAAAUGGCAGGUUAUGCUCGGAAAUUGGCCCAAACACAUGCUGCCUUCCUUGCCCAAUGACGGAUUGGGUGUACCCGGAGAGCUUCAACAUUCUUGGAAAGGUGUCAGAAAUUGUAGCGGUCGUCUCGACUGCUGCCUGCAUAUUCCUGCUUCUCUCGUGGGCAUUUUUGCCUGUGGAAAAGACGCACAGGCACUACCUCAGCAUCUGUCUCACAAUAGGUGUGGUAUUGAUGAACCUUGGCUUUGUGAUUCCUUUGGCUGCAUCACCAGAACAAUGCGCCGAUGCCAUCACGCCUCAUGACAUGAAAUCAAGUUCGACAUGCGCCGCCUCCGGCGCCUUCGUCAUCUUUGGUGGUUGGCUUGGCGUCAUGUGGAUCUUUUUACGCGCGCUGUCCCUUCACCUGCAAAUCUGCUGGGGCACCGUCGUCGGCAAAACCUUUAUGUGGUUUGCUCAUGCCGCCGGCUGGGGAAUUCCUCUCCUGGGCAUCCUGCUCGUCCUUGUGUUUAGCGGUGUUUCGUUUCGGUUCGGCUCAACGUGCCACGUCAACCACGAGAACAGUUUGGCCGUCCUAUGGAUUCCGUUGCUUGUAUUUGCCGGCUUCACCAUUGCAAUUCAGUUUGGAACCUUUGGUUACUGUGUCAAAGUUUACCUCGCAUCACUGGCCGACAACAGCUCCUCGACGGGCGGAUCUGGCCUACCCACCGCGCCCAACAGCGUGAAGUCUCUGUCCCCUCGUCAGACAUACCGGAGAGUUCGUCGCGUGAUCGAGCUGCAGUGGAGAGGCAUCUUGAUCGUCUUGAUCAUCGUCGCCGAUGUGGUCUACUUCUCCAUCGUUUUCGUCUUCCAGGAUAGGACCGUCGAGAAUAUCCGGGAGCAACCCGAGACCGCCAAAGAUUUCCUUCUUUGUUUGUUCUUAAACCCUGACAAUAGGGCAGAGUGCUUUGACGAGGCUAGCAAGCUUGUUAUAAGCCAAGCCACAGCCUUCAGUGUGCUUUUACUCUUAGGCAUAAACGGCUUCUGGCUUUUACUUCUGCUGGGCCGGUGGACCAUGAUAACUGCAUGGUCUGACCUAUUCAUGAACAUUUCGGGCCGCAGGAAGCCCGAGUUCGUCUCGGCAGACGCCCGGUUCGACAUGAUCAAGAACAACAGGCGUUCGUACGAGAUGCUCUCCCGUGACACGGGUAAGAAGCAAAUGGACGACUCGGUAACACCAUCGCCGGGGACUUCGAUAUCAAUGUCACCGCCGCCACCCGUCAGGCAGCCGUCGGUGGGCGCGACUUAUGAUAGAAACAACAACAAUGACGGCAACACGCCUAGCGGCCGUCGGACGCCCGAUUAUCUGGGCCAGGCUGCGAGGUAUCAUGCGCCGAUGCGCUCAUUCUCAUCCCCAAGACCUCCACCUGCGCCGCAGAGUGUGAGGUGGGAUUCGAGCGAAAUGUAUGGCGGAAGGGAUAACCACGAUUUUUCAAGGAACACGGGAGACGUGAGCCCUCUUUCUAUGAACAGGAUCUGA